AUGGCUAGGCCUUUCCAAAAAAUUAACAGCCUCAAUGAUUCAAAAUCUUUGUGGAAAAUUGCUGUUCGAGUUGUUGAUUUAUGGACUGUUGGAAAUUCAAAGAACAAACAACAUAUUGAGAUGGUGGGGUGCGACAAAGAGGGUGAUCGUAUUCAAGUCAUUUUGCCAAAUGAAUUCAAAGAUCAGUUUAAGAGUAGAGUUGCUGAGAACACUACUUUUACUCUGCAAAACUUUGAUGUUGAGAAAAAUGAGAUGACCAUCAAAGCAACUAAUCAUAAGUUUAGGCUGGUGUUUAAUGUUGCAACAACUAUCGAUAGCAUCGAUAAACAUGACAUACCCAAACCACCAUUCUGCUUCAAGGAAUUUGAUAUGAUAAAGAAGGGCGGGAAGCCACAGGCUGGACCAACUAUCAUUCUUCUGCACAAUGCUAAGAUUAAGAAAGCCACAGAUAAAUAUGAACUCGGAGUCUCUAAUUCAUGGAAUGCUACAAAGCUAUUUAUCAAUCCUGAAAUACCAGAGGUGCUUCAAUUCAAACAAGGGUUGCCUCUUGAUGACACAGGAUCGUCACAAAGUCAGCAACUAAGUGUUCAAUCUCAAAUGUUUAGCCCAUCUUCAUCAUCUCUAACACAAUACUCAUCUAUUGAGAGGUUCAUUGGUAGUGCUGUUGUUCUACCACUACAUGACAUCUUGCAACUCACGGAGACAACUUUGUGUGUGAUUGUUGUGAAGUUAAUCAAGUCAAACCAUCCAAGAAUGGGUGGUACUACAAAGCGUGCACUAAGUGCAACAGGGGCUGCAAAGGGUGAUACCUUACCGCUAUUCUGUUCUGAAAACCAUGAGACCAAUGCUAUCAAUCUCCGUUUUAAGUUGGAGCUGGAAGUGGAAUAUAAUGGAUUUGCAACUAAGUUUUUCUUCUGGGAUCGUGAGUGCAAUCAAUUGCUUGGAACUACAGCUGCUGAUCUGCAAAGGGUUAUGAUUGAGGCUGGUGUCACAAAUCCUUUGGAAUAUCCAAUUCAUCUGGACCAAUUGGAAAAUAGAAAGUUGGUUUGUAAAGUUAAGUGGCAGCCAUCUUGGGACAGUUGUUCAGUUCAAGCAGUCAAGGAAGAUGAAGGUUUGAUAGAAAAGAUCAAAGAAUUGUUCCCAAAAAAUGAGACCGAUCAAAAUGUGCCUAUUGAGAAUGUUGAAAUAGCAGAGAAGGAUCAAGCUCUCCCUAUUCAGAAUGUUGGUACAGGCGAGGUAGGUUCGUCCCAAAUGCCAGAUUAUACCACUCUUUCUCAGCUGGACAUCUUAUCGGUCAUCCCAACUCCACUGCUAUCUGCUGUCUGUGAGAAUGAACCUGAUAUUCAAUCUGCACUCACACCAGGGAAAAGAAUUGCAGACUCACUUCCUACCGAUGAUUUCGAAAGCCCAGAUACAUGCUCAACCAAACAGUCUUCAACUAAGAUCAGGAGAAAUAUCAAGAGAGAAAAGAAAGAUUAAUUUUCAUCAUAUAUCACUGCUUUUCUAAGAAUACAAUUUCACUACUUUUGGAAUUAUUAAGAGCCGUAUGUGGCUCCUAAUCUAUUAUUUUGUUUCAAUAUCAGUUCAUUCUGAUAUUAUGCAACUCCCAAACAUUAUUACUUUUUGUA